AUGGACCUUUUCGCCGUAAUACUUAUUACUAUCACAGCAGUAACCAUUUGUGGAAUUUGUCUGUUUAUUUUUGUAUGCGCCUUUCAGCCCAGAUUAUUACGUAAAUUACAUGGUCGAGCCAGUCGAACAUAUCAAGAAACCGAUUCCACUGUGUCAUCCGAGAAGAUUGAAGAGACACUUAGCUUGAAGAGUCUGGAUUUGGCUUCUACGUCAGCAUCUACACACAAUCUCGAAAGAGAUAAAAAAGCCUAUUUGAAAGCACUAGAACAAAGUCUUCGAACCGGAAAGCCAAUUCAAGAUCCCGAAGAUGAUGAUCCGAUCAAUGAACGUACGACUUCUCGUUUAAAUCCAUUGAAUUUUCUUUCUCGCUUUAUUAAUAAACACAUACGUCGAAAAACAACUAACAACGACAAUAACAGCAAUUCGUAA